GCCAGUGUCCAGCAUGGAGGAUAAAAUGUUAGCAGCAUUUUUCGAUGCUCCUGGCGGCCCAGAGACGUUGUACAUUAAAGAAGUGGCUAAACCUGAGCCAAAGGAGGGGGAAGUGCUUAUAAAGGUUGAAGCCAGUGCCUUGAACCGGGCAGACUUACUUCAGAGAAGGGGAAAAUACGCUCCACCUCCAGGUUCCAGUGACAUUCUGGGUUUGGAAGCUGCUGGCACAGUGGUUAAGCUUGGCCCGGGUGCUGAUGGGCGCUGGAAGGUAGGAGAUGGAGUUAUGGCGCUUCUGUCUGGUGGUGGAAAUGCACAAUAUGUCACUGUACCAGCGGGACAUCUCAUUCCAAUUCCCCCUGGAAUGUCUGCAACCGAUGCUGCUGCCAUCCCUGAGGCCUGGCUCACUGCUUUUCAACUGCUGCACUUUGUAGGUAAAGUUCAGAAAGGAGAGACUGUCCUGAUUCACGCCGGUGCCAGUGGAGUUGGUACUUCGGCCAUCCAGUUGUGCCGCCUGGCUGGGGCAGUUCCUAUUGUAACGGCAGGGUCGCCAGAUAAGCUGCAGAUGGCAGUAAAAUUGGGAGCUGCAACUGGAUUCAAUUACAAAGAAGAGAACUUUGGUGAAAAGUGUCUUGAGUUCACCAAUAAUACUGGGGCAGAUGUUAUACUGGACUGCAUUGGAGGGACACACUGGGAGAAGAACUUGCAGUGCAUUAAUACAGACGGCCGCUGGGUUCUCUACGGGCUGAUGGGUUCCGGUGAGAUUCAUGGGGAUCUGCUGGCAAAUUUACUGCGGAAAAGAGGGAGCAUAUUGGGCAGCUUGUUAAGAUCUCGCUCAAAGAAGUACAAGGAGGAACUGGUUAAGGCCUUCACAGAACAAGCUCUGCCACAUUUCAUGCCUGGGGGGUCCGUCCAGCUGCAGCCAAUUGUGGACAGCGUAUUUCCCUUGGAUCAGAUUGCUGAUGCCCACCAGCGAAUGGAAGACAACAAAAACACAGGCAAAAUUGUUCUACAGAUGCCCCUGUGAUGUGUAUGUCAUGUGACAAGUGGCCCCUUGACUUAGUAUUGAUUCGCCAUAGAAUUAUGUGGAGGUUCAUAGUGGAAAUAUUUGCACUGCAUUGAGGUAGAAACUCUUCCAUGUCGGGUUUUCUUGUACCUACUAAAGCAUCAUUUGCUCCGAUUAAUGGGGGUCACUGACCCCACCUUUUAAACAAAUGCUCUGUAAGGCUACAAAUAUAUUGUUAUUGCUACUUUUUAUUACUUUUUAUUACUUGUAUAUGUCAGGCCUCUCCUAUUCAUAUUCCAGUCUCUUGUUCAAAUCAGUGCAUGGUUGCUAGGGUCAUUUAGCCCUAGCAAGAAGAUUGUAAAAACCGCAAACUUGAGAGCUGCUGAAUAAAAAA